AUGCUUCCAGGGUUUCUAAUGCAAGUGCACCGGAUCCAUGACUGGUGCAUUGAGCUCCUCACAGAGUCCCCCAACUUCACUUUCAUGUUCCAUGGCCCUUGGUUCUCAAAAAUGCAUCUCUUGUUUACCUGUGACCCUGCCAACAUUAAUCACAUCUUCAAUCUCAACGUCUCCAACUAUCCAAAAGGCGAAAACUUUAAAGACAUCUUCGACAUUCUCGGUGAUGGACUUAUCACUACCGACUCUGAAUCUUGGAAGAAUCAGAGGAAGUUAGCUCGUCUUUCAAUGGCUAAAUCAAGAUUUCAUUCUGCUGUGGGUUCAUGCACUCUAGAGAAGAUGAACAACACACUCUUGCCGCUUCUGAACAAGAUGGCAGUGGACAGUUCCUCACCUGAGCUAAAAAUCAACUUGCAGGACUUGAUCUGGAAGUUCACUUUCGACUUGACUUGCGUAUUGAUAACUGGCGUAGAUCCUGGUUAUCUUGUUAGCAACUCAUCAGUGUCGCCUUUCGUCAAGGCGAUCGAAGAAAUUGAACAUGUUUUGGUUAUCAGACACACUGUUCCAUUGGUGUGGUGGAAAUUACAGAGAUUUUUUGGUGUAGGGAGUGAGAAAAAAAUGGCUGAUGCCUGGAAAGUUAUAGACAGUUUCGUCCAACAACUCAUUUCAAACCAGAAACCAGAUCAAGAACAAGAAAAAGAUGCAAGUGCAACUGCAAACCUGUUAACACUAUACAUGGAGUUGAUAAAGGAUGAAGAAUGGAUGUGCUUCAGAUCAGAUAAGUUCCUCAGAGACAGUCUAGUGACCUUCCUCGCUGCUGGCCAGGGAACGAUAGCUCUCGCACUUUCAUGGUUCGCCAUAAAUCCCAGAGUUGAAGCAAAGCUUGAAGAAGAGAUAAAGAGUAAGAGAACUAAUGAUCAUGAUUAUAAAGAGAUGGAUGAGCUAAUAUACUUGCAUGCAGCUUUAUGUGAAGCUAUGAGGCUGUUUCCACCUGUUCCAUUAAAUCAUAAGUCUGUUUUGAAGACAGACGUGCUUCCAAGUGGGCAUACAGUUUGUCCUGGUACAGAGAUAAUUAUUUCUACGUAUGCUCUGGGGAGGAUGAAGGGUAUAUGGGGAGAGGAUUGCAUGGAGUUUAAGCCAGAAAGAUGGAUUAAUUAUAAUGAGAAAGGGGAUCAUCAGUUGAAGUUUGAAGCUUCAUAUAAGUUUGGUGCGUUUGGGUGCGGACCAAGGAUUUGUGUUGGAAGAGGAAUAUCUUUCACUGUGAUGAAGUUGGUGGCUUCUGCUUUGAUUUAUAACUUUCAUUUUGAAGUGGUGCAUGGGCAUGUUGUUCAACCCAACGUGUCUGUUGUUUUGGGGAUGAAGAAUGGUUUGAUGGUUAAGGUGCAUAAGCGAAGCAGCAACACCGGCUAG